CGCCCGCUAGAAGGCAGAUUUCCGGUUUGCGCAUCGGGCCGUGGAACGCGAAGGCGGCCAUGGUGCGGUUCAAACACAGGUACCUGCUCUGCGAAGUGGUGUCUGACGACCCCCGCUGCCGCCUGAGUCUGGAGGACCGAGUGCUGGGCUGCCUGGUACGGGACACGAUCGCCCGCGUGCACGGCACUUUCGGCGCGGCUGCGUGCUCCAUCGGCUUCGCAGUGCGAUACCUCAAUGCCUAUACCGGAGUAGUGCUACUUCGAUGCCGAAAGGAAUUCUACCGACUUGUAUGGUCAGCUCUUCCCUUCAUCACAUGCUUGGAGAACAAAGGACAGCGUUACCCGUGUUUCCUCAACACCUUACAUGUCGGAGGUACAAUUAGAACAUGUCAGAAGUUCCUGAUUCAGUACAACAGGAGACAGCUGUUGAUCUUGUUGCAGAACUGCACUGAUGAAGGAGAGCGGGAAGCUAUCCAGAAGUCUGUCACAAGAAGCUGUUUCCUGGAGGAGGAAUCGGCUGGGGAGGAGCUUUCAGAUAGUGGUGGUGAGGAGGCUGCUGGGGCAAUGGAGUGAACCUCUGCAGGCUGCACUGUGCCCAAGCCUCGGGGUCCACUUCUUGGAACAGGACAUUCUGGAAGGCAGCAGCAUCUUUUACAAUUCUCAAACUGAAGGACUAGUGACCAGGAGUCAAGUUACCAGUUCAGAGAGGGCUUAUUUGCUUAAAACUAACUGAAGACACCUUUACCCACCAUUGCCUGGUUAAGUGGUUCUGCAGGUUGUGAACCCCCUAUAGUUAUAGACAUCUUUGUAUCUAUUUGCCUGGCUGAGAGCAGGUUUAAUAAAUGUAUUUGGCUUCUGUAGCAUUUAGCCUGCAUAUGAAUGAAGUUCAUGCUUGGCCAAGUCUACUCCUAGCCUUGGUGAAAAGACCGGCUCCCUAUGUGGUACUAGAUGCACAGCCUCACAGUUGAGACCCUGUACCCCCAGCCCCUGGGACUGGCCCUAAGCCAGCCAGAUUUUUUACAGUAGUAGCAGUUUUAGUGAGACACAGCAGCUAAACUGGCACAGAUCUGUAGCUGGUCUCAAUACUUACCCAUUCGGCCUUAAAAAUACUGGCUACCUCGCCAAUAUUUAAUCAGGUAACCUGACAAAAAAAUGCAGUUCUUGCACUCCUGAGUCGGGAAAAAAACUACCCUCACCUGACCUCAUUAUUACACAGCCAAGCAGCAGCCGCCAGCCUGUGGCAGUUUUCUGCAGUUCUACCCUCCCCUGCUGCCUUCUACUGGCCUGGCACCUGAGGCAGGCGAGACUGCCAUAUCCACAGGAAUCAGGAGGGACCAGAGACUUGGGAUCAGUUUUGAUCUGCUACUUAAAGUAAAAGACAUUUUGAGUAUCAAUUUUCUCCUUAAAAAAAUGGAUGUCACUCAAAGUCUCUUUCUCUUACACAUUCAACAAAGAUUUGUAAUUUUU